AUGAAGUUUUUGGCAGUGACUCUGUUGGCUCUAGCAGUGGCGGCCUCCGCGAGGCACAUCACACUUGAAGAUGUCAUCGAAUUAGAAAAGAACACUCCGUACAAUUACAUCCAGAGGAUCGCCAUACCGUUGGCUGACGAAGUCCGUAUUGCUGAAGAGGAAGGCAGACAGAAUCCAUCUAGAAUCGUUGGUGGUUCGUUAGCUGCUCUUGGACAAUUCCCGUAUCAGGCCGGCUUACUGUUACAUUACCCUACAAGAACUGGUAUCGCUAGUGCAUCUCUAAUUUCCAACAACAGAAUACUGACUGCUGCACACAACUUGAAUGAUGGUGUAGCAAAUGUUCUGAGUGUGACUGUUGUUCUUGGUACUACAACUCUAAUGUCUGGUGGUGUAAGAAUAAUUAGUAGCGACUAUAUUUUGCACGAAAACUAUGACGUUUCUGUAGUUAGAAGUGACAUUGCGAUCAUCAACUUACCAUCUCCUGUUCAAUUUUCAAGCAUCGUCGCCCCCAUCGCCCUGCCCUCUGGAUCUCAGCUCGAAGAAGAUUUUGUUGGUGAAGUUGCCAUUGCCUCUGGUUAUGGAUUAAAUCCUGCAAUCGGUGGUGUGGUUUCAAACCAGCCAUUUAGCUACGUGGACUUACCCGUGAUCUCCAACGAUGAAUGCGCCCCAUUUUACGAAUCAAUAAUACAGCCGGGAAUCAUCUGCACGGGUAGUGUUGUUGGCAAAAACAUCUGCAGCGGUGACUCUGGUGGCCCUCUUGCCAUACAGAGAAAUGGCAACCCAUUAGUGAUUGGUGUUGUUUCAUUCAGCCUCGGUGGAUGCGAUGGUGGUUCUCCUUCUGGAUACGCUAGAGUUUCACACUAUAUUGACUGGAUCAAUGAACGACUGUAA